AUGUCAUCUGGUAAUCAAGUUAAUGACUUAGCUGUCACAAAUGCUCAGCAAGAAUUGGACUCCAAAAUCGGAACCAGCUCUCGCAUUCCAAGGCUGUUGGAUGCAAAUGAUUUUCCAGAAUGGAAGUGGCGUUUUGAGCAGCAUAUCAAGUUUAAGGAACCUAAACUUUGGAGGUGUAUUGAAAGAGGUCCUAGAGAAAUUAUGUAUGAGAAGGAAACAAACCCUGGAGUCAAAGUCAAGAAACCUCGUGCCGAGUAUACUGAUGAAGACUAUGCUAUUGAAGAGGAAGAUAAUCGAGCAACAUCUUACUUGACCAUGGGACUGGGGUCUGACAUCGCUAUGGGAUUUCGCACUUGCAAAUCGGCCAAAGAAAUGUGGGAAGCAUUGAUUGAUGUGUACGAAGGGAAUGAAGACAUGAGGGAAAGCAGAAGGAACUUGUUGAGGCAAAAUUUCAAUAAUUUCAAUUACAUCUAUGGGGAAACUAUUGAGAAUCAGAUUCAGCGUUUCUCAAAGAUUGUCACUCAAAUGGAUCUAGAAGAAAUUCUUCCUUCAAAGGCUGCUCAGAACCGACAACUUCUAAAUGCCUUGCCAAAGAGCUGGGAUAAUCACGUUGCAAUGAUCAAGCGGACGAAAGAUCUUGCAAGAUGCACUUUGACUGAAAUGAUUUCUCAUAUCAAGGCAUGUGAACUUGAUGACAAGCAAAGGGAGAAUAAUCACAAGUCCAGCUUGCUGGCAGCAGGUAAAAUACAACCCCCUAGCUGGUCGUUGAAUGAUCUAUAUCAGUAUCAUCCUGACGAUGUGGAGGAGAUGGACAUCACCUGGCAAAUGGCAAUGGCAGCGUUCAGAGCACAAAAAUUCGCUAAUAAGACUGGCAGAAAUAGAUGGGAUCAUACUCCUGCGCAUCCUGCCCCUCCAAAUCCUGAAAGGGCUCUUGUAACGACAAACGAUUCAACUGUUGCUGGUGAAGGAACUCAGAGUUCAGCCCUUGUUGUUCAACCAAGUGUAGAGUUUAAUUGGGACAAUGAAAUUCAACUUCUGAACAUCUCUCAACCAGAAAUCCAGAGUGUCACUGAAAACAUAGCUUUCAUGACAUCAGAUGAAAAGGACUCUUCGCCAGAUGUUGAGCCUCCAGCUGAGAAUCUGGCUUUUAUGACCAAAAUCUUGUCAGCUCCUGUUCAUGGACUCACUGCUGAGGAGGUACGUUCUAUUUUCUGUACUACUGAAUGCAGAGAAAGAGUUGAGGCUUAUAGGGUACAUAAUGCUGAACUUAUUCAAGAUUACCAAGAUCUUAAAAAUAAAAACUUUACUUUGGCCAAAAAUGAAAAGCUUUACAAAGAAAAAAUUGAGGCCCAAAGAAAGGAUAUAGUUCAGUUGAAAGAAGACCUCAGUGCUAAAAAUUGUAAUUUUUUAGAUGCUCUAGCAACAAUUAGUGACUUGACCAAAGAAUUAGAAGAUUUGAAAGUCAAAUAUCAGAACAUUUGUGACAUACAACUAGAGUACAAAGAAAAGAAAGGGGCUGCAUAG